AUGUUAGACUGGCAAACCCGUAUCCGUGACCCCGUCGAGCCCGAAUCCCCUUCAACUCCCUCGGAAUCGACCCGAGCGUCUUCCGCCCACCCUAUGCAUCCCCCCGAGACCACCGCCGCACCCCGCACUUUCGAUUCCGAUGCAUCCUUGGUGUUGGUGGGCAUUCGCGGCUGUGGAAAGCGGUCCCUCGGCUUUGUCGCAGCCACUGCUCUCAAGCGACGCUUUAUAACCGAAGACCAUUACUUCAAGGAAGUAACAGGAGUCACGCGACACGAGUAUCUCAAGAGCAAUGGCAGUCAGGAGUUUCAGCGUCGAGACAUUGAGGUGUUGAAAAAAAUGCUGGAUAAUCACAAGACUGGAUGUGUCGUAGAGUGUGGAUUAGGAAGUCUUACUCGUCCGGUCCAGGACCAUUUGCGUCGCAUUUCUCAGAUCUGUCCAGUGGUGCAUAUUCUGCGGGAUAUCGACUGCAUACAGCAGCUUCUGGGGCUGGAAGAUCAAUCUAUACGACUACUACGAGAAGGAGACCCAUCACAUCGCACGUGCUCCAACUUCGAAUUCUACAACCUGGAAGACCGCACACGCUUUGUUGCUGACGAUGGAAGCCCUGACCCCCGAUCUGCUGCUUAUUCUUUCAAACUGCAAGAAGUCAAGGAAGAUCUGACCCGCUUUGUCCGCUUUGUCACCGGAGUUGAUGUGAAUCAAUCCAGCUACGACUCGCCGUUUGUUUUGCUAGAGACUCCUCCGGAGCUUCGCUCCUUCACCCACGCUAUCCUUGUUCGAUCCUCCGACUUAACUGACGACAAUGUCAAUCUUCAAGAACUGGAGUCUGGGGGAGAUGCAAUUGAGCUGUCUGUCGAUCGCUGGGGCCCUGAUAUGGCCGCUGUGAUCAGUCAACAAGUGGCAGUUUUACGUCGCAAUUCCCGAACACCCAUUAUCCUCUCCGUCGAUAUGACAUCAGCUGGGCUUGGUCGACGAGACCAAUCUACCACAUCUUAUUUCGACAUUUUGGAACAGGGCUUGCGCUUGGCAGUGGAAUAUUUGGUUGUGGACCUUGGACAAAAUCGAGCCCAGCUCGCGCAGGUCGUUCGCGCUCGGGGAAACACCAAGAUCAUCGGUCAACAUAUCUUUGAAGCGACCUCCCGUGUCAAAUGGACGGACGAUGGCUGCGUGACUCUAUACAAUGAAGCUGAGAAACUCGGUUGUCAAAUCGUCCGCCUACUUCGUGUCGCAACAAACCGUGAUGACAAUACGACUGUUUUGGAGUUCACUACCAAAGUCCGCGCCUUGCCGGGAGAUCAUGCGCCCUUGAUCGCGUAUAAUAUUGGACGACUUGGACGGACAUCUCAGGUGUUCAAUUCGAUUCUGACCAAUGUCACUCAUCCGGCCAUCACCCGUACAACUGAAAAUGAGCGCGAUCCUAUCAUCACAUCUCGCGACGCUGUCAAGGCUCUCUUCCAGAGCUACGUCCUUGAUCCAUUGAAGUUUUGCAUUCUCGGCUCCAGCGUAUCCUACAGCCUGUCCCCCUUCAUGCACAACGGAGCCCACCAACAUUCGGGUAUGAGCCAUACUUACCGCAUUCCCGAUUCUCCUUCUCUUGAAAUCCUGGAUGAACUGCGCCGCGAUCCUGAUUUCGGAGGAUCCAGUGUUGUUCAACCAUGGCGUGUGGAACUUUACCAUAAACUUGCAGCCAAGAGUCGACAUGCUGAGGCAAUUGGUGCCAUCAACACCAUCAUGCCCCUGCGUGGUCCUUCAGAAGGAGGGAUGUACUCACUUCAGGAGCAAGCCAGCCGACGCAACCAGGCAGGUCCGGUGCUCGGUUGGUACGGUGAGAAUACGGAUUGGGUAGGCAUUAUGACCUGUAUCAACCGUCACCUUUCACCACGCAAUGCUAUCAGCGCGAAGACAACGGGUCUGGUAAUUGGUGCUGGUGGUAUGGCCCGUUCCGCCAUCUAUGCUAUGCUCCGUAUGGGCUGUCGCAAAAUCUUCAUCUACAACCGAACCCUGUCCCGAGCAGAAGAGGUGGCUCGUCACUUCAAUUCAUGGGCAUCCUCUCAGGUGGACUCAGUAGAGGUGGUGCGAGUCUUGCGGUCAACACAGGACGAUUGGCCCGACGAUUCCAACCCGCCAAGUCUCAUCGCAUCCUGUGUACCGGCCGACCCAGAUCAGGAUGAGGCUCCUGCCAACUUUGAGAUGCCCCUGCAGUGGCUUGGCAGUCCCACUGGGGGUGUAGUUGUAGAGCUUGCCUAUAAACCUCUAGAUACACCAUUGUUGAAACAGAUACGUCGGAUCCGAACAGACACGGGCCGGUCCUGGGUCUUAUCCGAUGGACUAGAGAAUGUCAUUGAACAGGGUAUUGCGCAGUGGGAGUUGAUGACCGGCCGCAAAGCCCCUCGACGGUUAAUGACCCUGGAGGUCCUCCGAAACUACGAGGGAGAGAGCGGCAAAUUUGACGAGAAGACGAUUCAGGCCCGGCUGGACGGCGUUUGUUCGUAG